CACGUCGAUUUCCGUUCGCCUGCAGACUCAGAGCUGUUUUUGUGCAGAACUCAGAGAAGAAAUCUUGCUUUUUCUGUCUUAAGCGGCGUUAUUUCACAUUCUCCUUCAUCUGAACUCGUUUAACAGUGGAGAUGAACGUGGGCGUGGCACACAGUGAGGUGAACCCAAACACGCGAGUCAUGAACAGCCGGGGCAUCUGGCUUACUUACACUCUGGGGGUCUGCACUCUGCACGUGGUCCUGCUCAGUAUCCCAUUCUUCAGUGUCCCUGUGGUGUGGACCCUCACCAACGUCAUUCACAACCUCGGCAUGUACGUGUUCAUGCAUGCGGUUAAAGGCACUCCGUUUGAGACUCCUGACCAGGGAAAGGCCAGACUCCUGACCCACUGGGAGCAGCUCGACUAUGGCAUCCAGUUCACCUCCUCCAGGAAGUUCUUCACUAUCUCACCCAUCGUCCUAUAUUUCUUGGCGAGUUUUUACACAAAGUACGACACGACGCACUUCGUCAUAAACACAGCGUCUCUACUGAGCGUGCUCAUCCCAAAACUGCCCCAGCUACACGGAGUCCGCAUCCUCGGCAUCAACAAGUACUAGAACUUAACCAAGUCCUGGUCUAGACCUGGUCCAGACCAAGACCCCAACUCCACAGGAUCCUCAGCUUCAGCAAGAACUAGACCUGAAUCAAGUCCGAGUCUAGACCUGAUCCAGACCAAGGAGUCUGCAUCCUCAGCAUCAACAAGGACUAGACCUAAACCAAGUCCUAGUCCUAGGUCCUAGUCUAGAUCUGGUCCAGACCAAGAUCAUGGAGUCCUUAUCCUCUGCAUCAGCAUGAACUAGACCUGAACCAAGUCUGAGUCAAAGUCUAGACCCCAGCUGCACACUGAGUCAUAGGCUUCAACGAGUACUAGUUCUGGUCCGACUCUAGACCGUGAUCUGGUCCAAGACCCCAGACUCCUUAGCUCCCAAUCCUAAAUCUCAAAUCCCAAAUCCUAAACCCAGACCAGUCCUCUCCUAAAUCUAUCCUCUCAUAUCCCAAAGUCCGGAAUCUUCUAUGGAGACCAAGAAUUAAGACUUAAUUUGGGACCAAGUCUAGAUCCAAGUCCAGACCUUGGUCCUGGUCUGUAAGUAUUAGACCCAGUCGAUUCUGUGCCUGUGUGAGUCCCAGCUAACCCAGUAUGAUACAUGUACACCGGCCUGUCACGAUACACGAUAAACAACAGAGGUGGUAGAGGAGCCAUAAACUGUACCCAAGUAAGAGUAGCGCUACUUCAAAAUAAUAUUACUCGAGUAGAAGUACAAAGUAUUGAUCCAAGAAAUUACUUAAUGUAUUUAGGGGAAGUGAGAGUAACUUGAAGAGUAAAUUGGGUAUUUUCAAAUGACAGACACAAAAAUGAGUCCACAAGCACUGCAAGAAACACAAAUGUUCAAAUCAUUUCAAGUAUCGUGCGGGAAAAGUACUCUGAAAAGUAUAAUUUCUUUAAAAAUUAACUCAAGUAAAUACAACUGAGUACUACCCACCUCUGAUAGACUAGUAUACUAGUAGUAGUCCUCUUGACAGGCUUGCAUAUACACAGUAAAUACAUUAUUAUUGGUGUUUAGAAGAAGUAAAGGUUACGCUAUGAAGAGAGUGGGGUGUAAUCGUUUGGCAAUAUUUAAAGGUACACUAUGUAACUUUUCUGAUGGAGCGUCUGCCACCCGCUCGACUCCUUGGAGAUGUUAUUUCAUUGCCCCGAAUGUUCCAAAGUAGGACAGUAUCUCUACGAAGAUGAUAACGCCACCAGGUCAAGUCGUUUUUCUGUAAGUAAAAACGCUUUUAUUGCAUAAAAGUGACAGAUGAUUUUAAUGCCAUACUGUGGAACAUGCGUAGCCAGGCUGGCGCCACCUAGUGCCUCCGCUCUAUUUAAUUUCUCUCCAGUGACUAGGUCAGGAAUCGGAAUACACUAGACUGCAAAAAACCCGGAAGUGCGAGUUCAGGCACCAGCCAAUCAGCGAAGAGCCAUAUAUUCAGUGUUGUCAACAAUUCCUGAGAUCGAGGAUUUAAAGCCAGAACAAAGAGAAUGUUUGGUGAAUUUUAUCAAGGGGAAAAACGUUAUUGUCCUUCUUCCUUCGGGAUUUGGGAAAAGCUUAAUAUACCAGUUAGUCCUGUUAGCCGUGCAUUACAUACAUCACGACCAAACAGCAGCGAUUGGUUAAAUGAUAAAAAGUGAAACCGGCUGAUGAAUCAGGCUAGCAAAACUAUGGACUGCAGCAAAAAAGAAACUUGUCCACUUGUAAAAAAAUAUACAAAAACUGUAAAAAGUCACCCUUUGCUUUAAUCACUACUUUACACUUUUGUCUUUCGUUUCAUCAUUACAUACGUCACGACCAAAUAGCAGCGAUUGGUUUAAUAAAAAAAGAACCCACCCACCGUCAAGUGAAUGAAUCCUAAUGCCGCGAGGUCAGACAGUUUCUACGAAGUGAAACCAGCUGAUGAAUCAGGCAAGAACAUUCCGGGCUAGGCAAUAAUAUUUCAAUAGGGGUGCGACAAGAUACAAUUUCCACAAAGCGAGACAAAACAUGAGAUUAGAUCUAUGAGAACAAGACAAGACGAGCUCAUGACAUUCUUUACAAGAAUUGCGCAAUCAAUUUCCCCAAUUUUGGUCUCACCAUUUUUGAUUUACUUUUUGUGCAGGUCAUCGUAGCAGCACUUUUUGGGACUACAGCUUCUUAAAAAAAAAUUAACUCACCAGUACUUCGUUUUGUUAUGCAAUCCAAACAUAAAAACAUGGGGGGAAAAAAUCCCACAAGAUAAUUUUCAGUUUGUGCACAUAAUCUCGCUGUAGUUUUGUCUCUUCUUGUCUACAUUCCAAUAGUGGCAGACUCUACCGGAAAAGCGACAUAGUACACCUUUACUUUUUCAAACGAUAAAUUUUUCGAGUUGAAAUGUGACAAUAAUAUGACCUAAAACUUGAGUCUGUGGUACAGCUGGUUCUGUAUUUUGCAACAUCAACAAUUUAUUCCAAGUUCCAAGUUUUUUUGUUUUACAUGAGCCGCGGCCUGUCCGUAUACUGAGAAUGAAAAUGUCCUCUGUCUGCAGGUGAAGGCUCUGGCGACACGGGUUCAGUUACGAUUGAUGCGUUUUACAAGUCAGAACGUAGACUGCAGACGGUUCCUUUUAGAGUUGUAAUUUGCUAAAUGACUUUUUUGCUUUGGUAUUUCUAACAGAACCUGAUAACGUUUCACUUUUCUGUCGUAUUUUUGCAAUCCAUCAGAAAUGUUCUAAUGUUAAAUGUCUCGGUUGAGGUUUAAAUAUUGCGUAGAGUGAAUGGUUUGUAAUAUUAACAGCAAACAUGGAGAAACUUCACUUUAUUCUUAUUUGUUUACUGUAUUUUCCACACUAUAGGACACUCUGGAUUAUAAAGCGCACUGUCAUUGAAUGGUCUAUUUUUGAACUUUUUUCACAAAUAAACCGCACCGGACUUUAAACGAAACACAACGGUUGGAUGGGUCAGUGGGACUUUGUUUGUUUGUGGUGUUCACGGUGACUCUGGGCUUUGUUCAGUUGUGGCGUGUAGGGAGGGUGCUGUCUGGGACCGCUGGAUUGUUGGCAUGUUCGGAGUGACUCAGUUGUUCAGUUGUGUCUAGAAGUGGCACAUCGCACUCGCUUUUUCGGUUCGUUCCUGCGUUCCGUUCCUCGUCGGCGUGGAGUGAUGAGUGUGGCUGCGGGUGUCUGCUCCAUGCGUGUUUGUAGUUUACUGAAGCCGUGCUGGGACACCUGAGUGGAUUCGUGUAUAGGGCGCUGUGGAUUGUGGCGCGUGGUCGUUUUUUGGGGUUGGAGGCUUAAGAGCGUGCCCUAUAAUGCGGAAAAUACGGUACGUUUCUUUUUGACCUUUUUGUUUUUUUUUUACAACCAUUUCAAAAUGAUCUUGUAGACAUUUUUAUCUAUCCCCUCUUGUUCAUAUCUUACCCUGUUGAAGUGCCUAUGACAGGUUAGACUGCACAAUCUCUUCAUAUAUAAUUCACAUCAUAAUAUUUGAGAUUUGACCGAAAAUCUUGCUUAGUUUUCCCUAAUUUGACAGUUUUGGUGAGGUUUAUGAUUUUACCUCCAUAGCUGUUACCUAGCAACCACUACAAUACUAUAAACAAUGACUAGAACUCCUCUAAUUUACACAAUAGUUAUGAUUCGAGGACUGAAAAUAAAUUACAACACCUUUUACUUUGACAAAUGAAUGUGUAAACUGUCAGAAAAAUGUGUUUCUUGCGCGUAAAUUGUCAUAAAAUUUUGAUGGAAUUUUCUGACGAUGUAGGUACAGGGAUUUUGUUUUUCACAGCUGCUUCCUGUAUUGUCAACUAUGGAGCUCAACAGUGACCACCCACUCAGGUUCUGAAAGUACAUUUUUCCCACAGGCUUUGUGAAAAAUUCUAAUGUUAAGAGCUCAAAGACAGACAGCACAUUUAAAAAGCAAGAUUAUGUGCAGUGCUUUAAUAACUAAAUACAAGUUUCAGAAAUGGGUUUUAAAUGAAAUGAUGAGACUUUUGGUCAUUAGUUUCCUCAGAUCAUUCAAACUUUUAAUGUUUUUUUUCCCCAGAGUCUGUGGGGAAAAAUUAACGGGAAUUUUACUUCCAGAACCGGGGUGUGGACAGUCACUGCUGACCUCCAUUUGAUUCCACAAAAUGACCACAGGUACAAUCCCACCAAACCAAGUUCUAAUGAAAUAAAUGUGAAAACCUGUCAUACGCACUUUCAGUCUGGAUCUGUAUCUAGUAUCAAACGACUGGUUGCCAUAAGCAUUACGAACUCAUGUGAAUGUAAUUAUGUACUUUUAGCCCGAGCUGUCCCGGGCUGGCCUGGGACAGGUCUAAGGCAUUUUGUGUUAUUUUUGUCCUCACAUUUACAUGACCAGUCAAAAGGGACACACUUUUUCAUGUAUGUUUCUUCUUUAUUUCCAUUAUUAUUUCCACUGUAGAUUCUCACUGAAGGCAGCAAAACUAUAGCCAGGCUGGCACCACCCAAUGCAGGGCGGACAAAUUCAAAUUCACAGAGGCCAAAAUUAAAAACUGGGACCAAGUCGUGGGCCAAACUAAAUAUUUAUUGAAAAAUUUGAACAGCAUCUGCAUGUUUUCUCUUCUUUUGAGAUAUGUAAUGUUAAACCUUUUCUUAUUAAAAUAAAUGUUUAAUAAUAGUUUUUUUUUUGCUUAAACAUUGAAUCCAGAACAAGCAGAAUAUAAAAUAACAUUUUAGAUAAAUAAUGUCUCUAUAGUCUAUCUGUAGCCGGUGGGCAGCUCUAAUACAUAAUACUCUAAUUAUAUCACGGGCCAAAUUUGGUACUUGGGCCUAAGUUUGACAUGUUUGACCUAAUGUCUCUGCUCAAUUUCAUUUCUCUCCAGCGACUAGUCAGGAAUCAGAAUACGCUAGACGGUUCACAAAGCCCCGGAAGUGUGAGUUCGGGCACCAGCCAACCAAUCAGCGAAAAGCCAUACAUUCUGUUGACAACGAUUCCCAAGAUUGAGGAUUUAAAGCCGGAACAAAGAGAAUGUUUGGUGAAUUUUAUUGACUUGAAAGACGUUAUUGCCCUUCUACCUAACGGGAUUUGGGAAAAGCUUAAUAUACCAGUUAGCGGCGCAUUACAUACGUCACAACCAAAUAGCAGUGAUAGAGGUUAAAUUAAAAAAAAAGUACCCACCUAACAUCGAGCGAACAAAUCCUAACACUGCGGUUUCCACGAAGUGAUGAAUCAGGCUAACAAAACUAUGGACUGCAGCAAAAAAAGAAACUUGUCCACUUGUACAAAAAGAUAUAAAAACUGUAAAAAGGUACCCUUUGCUUUAAUCACUACUUUGCACAUUUGCCUUUCGUUUCUUGACCCUGACGUGACGCAGAUGUAAAGUGUGAACCAUUUCAUUAGACUUCAUCAAAAGCUCAAGGGGUUACUGCUCUGUCCACAAAACAAAGGCUGGAUACUUUGAGGAUUUGAAUGAAAUAUUAAAAAAAAAAAUCUAGUUGAGUUAUUUACCUUGUUUUCUUCUCUAUAUAAUUCCAUGUAUGUUGCUUCAUAUAUUUCACGCCUUCUGUUUUAUAUUUACUGCUUUCUACAUUUUAGAUGCAAAGAAAAACAACACACUGAAUGAGAAGGUGUGUCCAAACGUUUGACUGGUCACGUGUACUGGGUUGUUCCACUUUCAACAUGUUUACUUUCCAUUAAAACUAGGUGCCAGUGGUGCCUAGAGUGUAGGUACUAUAGUGUUUAUGUUUUGUAAAUGGGUAACAAACUGAUUCAUAUGAAAGUGAAUAAAAUAGUUGUAUUUAAA